UUUUCAAGUUUGAAAGAUCAGAAGAAGAAGAAGAAGAAGAAGGUCCAAAGAAAUGGCACCAGUAAGUCUUCCUCCUGGUUUCCGGUUCCACCCUACCGAUGAGGAACUCGUCGCUUACUAUCUCAAAAGAAAGAUUAAUGGCCGUAAGAUUGAGCUCGAGAUCAUUCCUGAAGUUGAUCUCUACAAGUGUGAGCCUUGGGAUCUACCAGAGAAAUCAUUCUUACCAAGCAAAGAUCUAGAGUGGUACUUUUUUAGCCCUCGAGAUCGAAAAUACCCAAAUGGGUCAAGGACUAACAGAGCUACUCGAGCUGGGUAUUGGAAAGCAACAGGGAAGGACCGUAAGGUGAACUCACAGAUGCGGGCUGUUGGAAUGAAGAAAACCUUAGUCUACUACAGAGGAAGGGCACCUCAUGGUGGUCGAACUGAUUGGGUCAUGCAUGAAUACAGGCUUGAUGAGAGAGAAUGCGAAACUGCCACUGGCUUGCAGGAUGCUUAUGCGCUAUGUCGAAUAUUCAAGAAAACUGCUCCUGGACCUAAGAUGGCAGAGCAAUAUGGCAACCAAUAUGUUAACAGUUACCAAAUGUUGCCUUCCAAUCCCUCAUCCUUUCUAGAACUAUCUCCUGAGCAAAGAGGAGAUGAUAUAGAAAGCUCUUGCUAUCCUUUCCAAUCAAAUACAUACUCACCAGACACCAUUCAAGGAUCUUCAUAUCAAGAGAACAAUUGUCCAACAGAUGGGAAAUGGAUGCAAUACUUAACAGAUGAGGCAUUUGGCUCCACAAAUCCAGCCUUCCAAAACCACUCCAAUACUAUUUCCUACCUUACACCUAAGGUUGACAUUGCACUAGAGUGUCCAAGGUUGCAACAUCACCUCUCAUUGCCUCCAUUAGAAGUGGAGGACUUUUCUCAAGUUGAACUCACUGACUCAAAGCUGUUACCCCAAGUGGGUUCCUUCUGUAAUAACACAAAUGAACCAGACAUAUUGCAGGAAAUCCUUUCUGUUGCUUGUUCUUCUCAAGAGCUCAUGAAUGAAUCCAAAUGUCAGGUCACAUGGCCAGGAAACUAUGCUAGUUUCCAUGAAUUUGCUUCUCUAGCUGAUCAAAUGGAAAGAAUGGAGGAAACACAACAUUAUAAAGCUAAUGAAAUGGGUUCCUCAAGGACUAAUAAUGAGAAAUCAUGGGGAGUAGCUCAGUCUUCAAGGUUUAUAGACAUUGGGGACUUGGAGGAAGAUUUCAAGACUGAGAGGGUAAUAUGCAACAAAGAUUUAGAGAAGAGGAUGAUGGACAAACAGAAGACUGUGCCCAUAGAGAAUGCAUCAAAUUUCCAAAGGGAGGAGUCUAGCAUCAAGGGUUUAAACAUUGGCAAUGACAAGUUCAACAACUUCAGUGACAGUGAGACAAGUGAAUUGCAAUUUAUCAGCAACAACCCAAAUAUGAUUUUCACUCAAGAUGACAUGGAAAAUCUUCCAAGUACCCCCACUUUUGAAGUAUAUGAGAAAGUUGAAGUUAACCAUGGGAUGUUCAUUUCGAACCGUCAAGUAGCAGAGACAUUCUUCCAUCGCAUUGAGCCAUCAAAGAUUGUUCAGGUUCAUCUGAAUCCAGUGACGACACACAACUUCCCCAAGCUGAAAUCAGAUACAUCAUCAAGACCUCAAAAGGGCUCUUUCUUUAGCAAGUUUAAAGAUAAUUUUAGGGGGAUCAGGAGCUCCAUGAAGGGAUGGAGUGGAUGGAGCCAAAUCAAUGAUACAAAGAAUGCAUUUAUCCAUAUAGUUGCACUUAUGUUGACAUCCUGCUCCUAUCUUGGAGACCAUUUGGAGAAAAUGGUAUUAAAAGAUGAAUUCUCCACUAAUGGCCAAGCCAUGGUAGAGAGAAGAGAGAUGCACUGAUCUGCUCCCCUAGUCAUCAACAAGAAAAAAAUCAGAAGAGUUAAAUGGAGUGAUAGAAAGAAUAAUGUUUGGUUUGCUAAUUCUAGAGUUGGAAGCAUUUCUAGUGUGCUUCUCCACAUGAAAUGGCCAUUACUCACCAUUGUUUUGGCUGUCUAUGCCUUAGGGUUCCAUCAUAUGAGGCUUUGAGAUUAACAUUGUAAUUUGAUUCUGUACCAAUAGUACAAUAGAGGAAGGGCACUAGCUAGUUAGCUUCUUAACAUGGGGAGUCUAUACAUGCUAAUGAGCUUGUAGCAUUUGUUGGCAUUAAUUAACAUUUUUAACAGGGGGAUUCUUUACUCGCUAAUUAUAUUGUAAUAUUUAAUGGAUUAGUAAAAAGAU